GUCCGAUCAUCCCCGCGUUAAUAAGCCGCCUCAAUCGCCGGCCGGCUGCCCCAGCAAAGCCUCUCGAUCUCCUCAUCGUGAUCCAUAACCUAGCUAGAUAGCUUAGCCAGCCAUGAGGGCGGGACGGCGCCGGUUCAACGUCGGCCGCCUGGCCACGGCCACGGACCCCGGCACGCUCCGCGACGCGGCCGCCGAGCUCCUCGCCACGGCCGUCUUCGUCUUCGCCGCCGAGGGCGCCACGCUCUCCUUUGGGAGGGACAAGAGCGGCGGGCUGGUGGCAGUGGCGCUCGCGCACGCCCUCGCGCUCGCCGCCGCCGUCGCCUGCACCCUCAACAUCUCCGGCGGCCACGUCAACCCGGCCAUCACCUUCGGCGCUUUCCUCGGCGGCCGCAUCUGCCUCGUCCGCUCGCUCGUCUACUGGGCAGCGCAGCUGAUCGGCGCCGUCACCGCCGCGCUCCUGCUCAGGCUCGCCACCGGCGGCGUGCGUUUGCCUGAGUACGCGCUGGCGGGUGGCGUGAGCGGCUGGCACGCUGUGGUGCUGGAGGCGGCGAUGGCGUUCGGCCUCAUGUACGCCUACUGCGCCACGGCGAUGGAGCCGAGGAGGGGCCGCGCCGCCGGUGCGGUGGCGCCGCUCGCCGUGGGGCUCCUGGCCGGCGCCAACGUGCUGGCCUGCGGCGCGCUCGAUGGCGCGGUGAUGAACCCGGCGCGCGCGUUCGGUCCGGCGAUCGUGGGAUCGCGCCGCUGGAGCAACCACUGGGUGUACUGGGCGGGGCCAAUGGUAGGCGCCGGCCUCUCCGGCUUCUUCUACGAGCACCUCGUCGUCACCCCGGCAGACGAGGAGGAGCCCGCCGCCGCACCCAGCCGCGGCAGCAGCCGGCGUGCGUAGCGGAUUGCUGCAGGACGUCGUCCUUCUUCUGAAUAAAAGAGCAGCUGCAUGGCGAACGUGUCGUGUCAUCGUGUCCUGUUAUCACUUCUAGUAGUAGCAGAAUGUUUUCAUGCAGAGAUCUUGUGCGUGUCUGAAUUGUGUGUCCUGCGCUGCUGUGCGACGUGGUGUGCCGCGGUGGACUAUGCUGCGCUAAUAAACUGUCGCGUUCGUGUUGGGUCCGUGUAGAAACAUUGUUUCGUAUACAGUGAUCCAUGGCUUUAAAGUCUUCA